AUGGUGACCAUGAAAGAGAAGAUAAGGAAAACCCUAGUAGGUUGCAUGAAUCUUUCGUACUUGAAACAAAUAGCCUACAUUCAAAUAUUGGCUCAGAUCGGGGCGUUGGUUCCUGCAGAUUCUGCCGUCUUGCCAAUUGUGGAUCGUUUGUUUUAUCACACCUGUGGAGAGGACGACUUGAAUUCAAAUGAAUCAAGCUUUACAAAAGAUGUUAGUACAGUCUCCUUUAUACAGCAUUCCUUAGGCGAUUGUCACAGUUGUUCCCCAUUCAAUUAA